AGAAUUUUGGCUCCAUCCAAUGAGCCAUGGAAAUCGACGAGGAUGCUCCCCUUGUUCAAUCGCUCAACGCGUUCAAGCGAAACAGGAGACUUGCUCAGAAUAAGAAACUGCCCGAAGAUAUUGAUCCCGCCCAAUUGCCUCCCGCCGAUGACGCUCCGCCGAAGAUUCUAGUUUCUGAAUUCGACUAUUCCGUCGAGAAUCACUUCAAAGCCGUUGAUACCAUCUCCAGACUGUGUGGAUAUGCCGAUACACUCAACGUUAAUGAAGCGGAGAUUGAGCGCUUGUCCAAUUCUAUAAAUUUCUUGAGACAUUGGAGAGAUUUUAAUUAUAAGCCGCGAAUUGUGAGAUUUGCUUGUCAGCAUAAUUCGGAGAAGAAAGAUGUUAUAGGCGAGGUAACCUUACCUCAAUUUUCAGCUGCAGCGGUUCCUGAGAAGGAUAUUCGGAAUGGGAGUGAAGUUGGUGUGGAAAUUAUCAAAGAUUUUGUAAUGCAUGUCGGAGGUUCAGUCUGGGCAUUAGACUGGUGCCCUAGAGUUGAUCGGAAUCCUGAGAAUUGCAUUAAUUCUGAGUUUGUCGCUGUUGCUGCACAUCCUCCUGAUUCUUCAUAUCACAAGAUUGGCGCCACUCUAACUGGAAGAGGAGCUGUCCAGAUCUGGUGUUUCUUGACUAUCUAUGUAAAGGAUGCACCUUCUCAAGGGAAGAAAAAACCAAGACCAAUUUUCAAGAAAAAAGUAACAGUCAAACCUAAAGACCUAACUGUCGUUCCGAGGCCAAGAGGAAGACCAAGGAAGCAACCUCUUACUGAAACUGAACUAACUGUCGUUCCAAGGCCAAGAGGAAGGCCGAAAAAUAAACCUCUUAGUGAUACUGUGGAGAAGAUAGAUAGUGAUAACCAGCAUGUUCAACCUCUUGCUAUUGAAUGCCCAAUGGGCUCACCUGGACUGAAUUCUUCAGAAGGAACUUCUGGAAAUGCCAGUAAACCUGAAGACUGUGAAGGACAUCCUAAUGCAUUAUUGUUAACUGGUCCUAAAGGCAGAGGAAAUAAACGGAAGGCAGAGCAAGGAAAUCAGAUUCAAAAUAACAGCUUGCACAUCCUCAGGCAUUGUCAGCAAGGACAACCACCUCUUGUGGAUCCACUAACAUUAGCAAGCUUCAGUUUAGAUUCUAAGAGACCAGAUAACGAUAUAGCUUCUAUUAGUUCCUUUGCGAACCCCAUUCCAGUUAAUGUUGCAUUGCCUAGAAUGAUGAUGUGUUUAGCUCACAACGGAAAGGUUGUGUGGGAUGUAAAGUGGCGGCCAGUCAGUGCUUGUUUCGCUGAAUCCAGAAAUAUUUUGGGUUAUCUUGCUGUAUUACUUGGAAGUGGUUCUCUGGAAGUGUGGGAGGUCCCUUUGCCUCAUGCAGUGAAACUUGUAUAUCCUCCUUUGCAGGAGCAUACUGAUCCUCGCUUCAUCAAAUUGCAGCCAGUUUUUAGAUCUUCGAUGUUGAAGUGUGGUGAUAGGCAAAGCAUUCCUCUAACGGUCGAGUGGUCUGUGUCAUCUCCCCACGAUAUGAUCUCGGCUGGGUGUCAUGAUGGAGUGGUUGCAAUAUGGAAGUUCUCUGUCAGUGAUUCAUUAACAGAAUCCAGACCCUUGGUUUACAUCAAUGCAGACUCAGGUCCUAUUAGAACACUGGCUUGGGCACCAAUCCAAAGUAAUCAUGAGGGUGCAAAUAUACUUAUCACAGCAGGAAGUAAAGGCUUUAAGUUUUGGGACAUACGUGAUCCGUUUUGUCCAUUGUGGGUUCAUCCUUUUAUGGGCACCACUUAUGGUUUGGAUUGGCUUCCAAAUCCAAGAUGUAUCUACGGAGCCAUGGAGGAUGGAUCAAUGUGGUUACUCAGUUUAGAAAGGGCAGCACCUGAUAUCCCAAUUACAGGAAAAUGCCAAUAUGUGGCAUCGAAGCAUGGCCAUGGGUUCCACAGUUUUCACUGUUCCUUGUUUGCAAUAUGGAGUCUGCAAGCUUCGCGGCUGACAGGCAUGGUUGCAUAUUGUGGAGAGGAAGGUUCUACUAUCUGCUUCCAGGCGACCAAGAAAUCACUGAAAGAUCCUUCACGAAACCGUGUACCCCAUUACAUCUGCGGAUCAAUUUUGGAAGAGGAGUCGGCCGUUGUGGUAGCCACCCCACUGCCCAACACGAUGAAAUUUCCGGAGAUGAAGCGUACUCAGAUAAAAGAACAAGAGAGGAGAUUCAAGGUUCAAGAAAGCCAAAGUCGAGGUGAGGAAAUGGAAGCUCUUCCUCCCAAGAUGGUGGCAAUGCACACAGUGAGAUGGAAUGUCAACAAAGGUGGCGAGAAGUGGCUCUGCUCUGGAGGAGCUGCUGGUUUAGUACGAUGUCACCAGCCUCAUUCUUCUAUUUUCCACUAAUUAUUUGUACCCAUACAACUAAGUUUGUGUUUCUGUACAGGAAUAAAUCUAGUUUCUUUGCAUUA